AUGCAGGACGCACACCGUUCCUCGGAAGAAAUGGGCGUGGAGAUGCAACUAAACAACUGCGGCGCGCCCCCACGAGCACCGCCCAUCGCCAAGCGGCCGGGCGGGCACCGAUCUACUCGCCCAUCGGCCGUGGACUUUGUCUGCCGCAUCGAUGUGUGCUGGACCUUCUUCUUUUUUGUGUUUCUCGUGUGCGUGGCGGCGACCACCACCGCCAUCACAGAGACGACGAUUCUCAAGUCUCUGCUGACUGACCUGCACAACGUCCACAGCGUCCGCAUCACCACCGUGAAAAAGGAAAUGGACCUCCUCACGGACCGUCCCUUUAGUAUGGCAGCCGGUUUCCUCUCCCUCCACUCGCAGAAAGCGUUCGAGCUGCGCUCAGAGAAGACACUGGCGAAGCUGUGUUCCAUCCUCGCUGCCUUUGACCGAAACACCGACUUCCGCUCCCUCGCCGUCACAUCACUUGCGUUGAAGGAGGCGAUUUCCUGCAUGCAUGGUGACGAAAAACUGAGCUCAAAGUAUCAGCUCUACGGGUGGGUCACCAAUAACAGCGUCAUCCCCGGUGUCUACCUUAUCAAUCGUUCUACGUAUGAAUUCUAUCGCCCACUGCAAGCGGUGUACGGCGGCUGGCCAACGUCCGUGUAUAACCUCUCCGAGACCUUCGACACGCUUCUCGCAGACAACCCGGCCUUCACCGAAGCUGCAGCAUACUUCAACGGCAGUAUCGAGUACGUUGACUACCGCACUUUCUGGCGUUCCUUUGAUACCAUUCCACACAUCAUCUACUGCAACAUACCUGUUAGCUUCCUCUUUCGUGGACUCCAUCUCCCUUUCAAGAUCAACGUGACGGACUACGUGGACGUGCGGGUUGAUGGCUCCACGCUACUAGCGACGUCAAACACUACUUCCACAACACAGGUGACUGCUGCCAUCUUCAUCAACGCCACGCUCACCGAUGACGAUCCGCAGGUGAUGUCGGACACCUGGGGACAGGCGUCGGUGAACGAUACGGAGAUGCUCACCACUUACGAGGAGAACCAGAUGAGCUACCUGAAGGUGAGUAAUAUUUCUGAUCCACUUAUGCGAGCAGCGCUGACGCACGUGAAUUUGGCUGCGUUGCAGCAGGAAGGUCACAGCCAAACAAAAGACUUUCAGUACAGGGGUGCGCCGGCUGUCAUAACGGCAACAGCGUACACGACAAAACGAGGUUUAGUCCUUCCGAUGGUGCUCGUCAGCUCCCACGCGGCCAUAGCGUUGCCCUACCACCGCAUCAUGAACAUCUGCAACAGCGUCACCGCAGCAGUGAUCCUCAUCAUCACAGGUCUUUUCUUUGUGUUUAUCAACCGUCAUCUUCGUGACCCGUUACAGCGCAUCUCGAAUCUGCUUCUGCUGAGUGUGGAGCGAGGCUCCCGUGCGCUCUUCCAGUCGCAUCACCAUGGCUGCGUUACGCUGUCGGAGGUGCAGCAGCUCGGAGCGGCGCACAACGGCGCGAUGCGUCAACUGCGUGAAAUCGACGCCUUCAUUCCGGUGGCGGCGCGGCAGGAAGUAAUGCUCGGAAGGAGCCGUGGAGUUUCCCUCUCCACCCUUAGCUCAUCAAACUCGCAAGGCUCGCAUCCACUGCGCACAUCCGGACGCACGCACGCGGAGCUUCUUCUCACGCACCUAUCCACGGUGGUGUACAUCAGCAUUCGACCUCUACCGGUGCCUCGUGGUCUCAGCUCGGGUGCGACGCUGCAGGGCGAUGCGGAUGUCCCACCAAAGCAGCAGCGCCUUGCCGCCGUGGUGACCAGAGUUGCCCAUACCGUCAAAAGGACGAACGCCGGGCCUUUCCCCACCCCGGCCUCCCUCGGGGUAUUUGCUGAAAAGGUAUACGAGCUCUGCGAGCUGCACCACGGCACGGUGCACCGCCUCUGCCCAGACGGCUGCAUCAUCCAUUUCAAUAAAGCUGUUCGUAGGCACCUCGCCGUCGCGUUUGAUGCGCCGCGGAAGUCGGCCAGUACGAGUACACCAGAACUGCCUGCGGUGUCGCCGCGACGUGGCAGAGCUCUGGAACGAGAUGAAAGCCUCCUGCCAAAGACGGACGCCCAGGACGCGAUGGCGUUUGCACUCGCCUUGCAAGCGUGGGUCGACGCCUCCGCCGCAUGCUCGGUCCUGGACGUGCGUUUCCUGGCGGACACGAGCAUCUUCACCUGUGGUCAUUACCGUGCGCACGACUGCGACACCACGCUCUCCGUGGCGCUGGGCCGUGACGUGCAGCGGGAGGUGGGCCACGUGCCCGCCAGCAUCGGCGUGCGCAUCGCCAUGACGGAGGAGACGGCCAGCCGCGUGCGUGCCAAAGCGAAGAACGACACGGUGGGAGAAACCGAGCCCAGUGUGCGUCAGCUGCCGGUGGAGGCACUGCGGAUUGGCCGUGUGGGGCAGGACGAGGACGUGGUGGUUUUGUACGAGGCCCUUCCCGGACCGGCCCUGGACGACGAGGCGUGGCGCCUCUAUCAGCGUCACUGCUUCGACGGCUUCAGCCACAUGGUGCACGGCGACUACGCGGCGGCGCUACAAGCAUACAAACGUGUGGCGGACAUCUCGGACCUGGAGCCGGGGCUGAUGCCUGCGAGUCUGCGCCGCGAGGCCGCGAGGAGCGACGUCACCGGCGGUGCGGUGUCGGUGCAGGCGGAGCGGCUAAUCGGUGAGUGUGAGCGGCGGCUGCGGGCCGGACUUACAGAAGGCUUCCACCGUGAGCGCCACGUCCCUCUCGGCAUCGAUUCCGUUCUGAAAGGCAUCGAGCGCCGAUCAUCGUCGUCGCCGAGCCACGACACCGCGGUAAGAAGGGUUUGUCCUGGCGAGCGCGAGUCUGCCGUGGCGAAACGCGAGGGCCGGUAUGGCGUGGAAGAGCACAACGCCACCUUCACGCGUGCCGAACUCCGCUACGUCGCCGUCCUGCCCGGCACGGAGACCCGCACCUCCUACACCAGAUGGCCCGCGACCAUCACGGAUAACUGGGGAACGAAGUGGACCGUCGCCAGGAAACACGCGGUGGGCCCGGGGCGUGCAAUGCACAGCAUCCUCGGCAGCGGCCUGAGUGCCACCGGUGACCUCUGCGCGCUCGUCUUCCGGCUCCACCGCGACGUCCCGCCGCUCGUGUCGACGGCGCUGCGUGGUGCCCCGGCGGGCGUCAUGACGGACGCGAUGCGCAGUGCCGUGCCGGUGUGGCAGCCGUCCGCAGCGCAGCGGGCUGCCGUGCGCGCCCUCUUCGACGCGCGACUCCGCCUCCGCCACCCGCACAUCGUCACGUGUCUCGGCUACUCCAUGGAGCUGGAGGGCGGCGUGACCAUAUCUAUGGAGUACUGCAAGGGCGGCAAUCUGCGCGAGGUGAUGGUCCGCUACGACCGCAUGCGCCCACCCACCAUGAUCCGCGCCGCGCUGAGUAUGCUGUUGGGCCUGCGCUACCUGCACGCCAACGGCAUCGUGCACGGCGAGCUGCGGCCGGAGUGCGUGCUGGUGUGUUCGGAUGGGGUGUGCCGACUGAAAGGCUUCUACACGGACUACGAGCUGGCGCACCGUGCGUUGGGCCUGCGGCGGACGUGUUACGUGUGCCCGGAGAUGGCGGCAGGGCAGUCGCCUACGCCGGCCAGCGAUGUCUUCGGCUUCGGACUGGUCAUGUUGGAGUUGGUGAUUCGAAAGCUGCCGUGGACGUGGGCGACAGUUACGGGCGACGGUCCGCAGCGGUCGGAAGAGGAGCUGGCUGCGUUGGCUGCCGCGGACGUUCAAGCCUUCAGUGAUGCGGUGGCGCAAGGGAAAGUUAUCCCUGCGCUGGAGAUGCUGGCUACCCCAGAAAUUGUUGUGGGUUACCAUGCAGAUGGGCUCGACACGAUUCGGGCGUGUCUGCGCAUCGACCCCCUGCGUCGUAUUUCACUGGAGGACUUGAUACGGGCAUUGGAGAAGAUAGCGGUGGCGAAUGGAGUGAUCGCCAUGCCGCUGCACAACCACACCAGCUCCAAUGACAGUAGUUAA